AUGCAUCGUCUUUUUGCUGAGCUGGAGCCAUCUUUAACCGUCACAGAGCAAAACCUGGCAGACCGAGUUCGGUAUAUCUUGCGCUCAAAUAUAUUUGAUGUCGCCGAACUCGAACGGCUACGACGUGAGGCUAUUCCCUCGUCGGAUGAGAAUGCUACGGCUGAGGAUGCGGCGCCACAAAUGGAACUGGAAUUAGAACAUAUGAGGAGUACAUUGGAAGAGGCGAUUGUGGAAACGCGCAGUACGCCUCUCGAAAAUCGACCGCGACUUCCCCGCAUAGCCCUAAGCAAGCGGAAUCGGGCUAUCGUGAGGGCUCUGAACCCAAUGCUGGUGACCUAUUUGGAAGCCAGCCGGGACCUUUGCGAGACGGAAUCAAUUCUUUUUGGCGCCACGCUGGCAGUCUGCCGUAUCGUAGGCGCCAAGGUUUUCACGGCUGGACGCGCUACUGGCCAUAGUAGCGCUAUCCCAGCAUGGAGAAGAAGAAUUGAGGAACGUAUCGCAAAGGCUAGAGCGCUCAUCGGUAGACUGAUAUGCUUCAGAUCAGGCAACAACAGGCCAAGAAUUGUGCGCACCGUCAGGAUGGCGUUUGCUGGGACAAAUGUCAGUUUGUCCCAGCCGGAUAUAACGCAAAAACUGACGGAGCGCAUAGAUGAUCUGAAGCAGAGAAUCGCUGCUUGGGGAAAGCGGAUUCGGCGAUAUACCGAGAGGUCGACACGGUUCAAUCAGAAUCGUCUCUUCCAGAGUGAUCAGAAGAGGCUCUAUGAAUCAUUGGAGCGACCAAUGGUAAGUGGAACGGGUCCAGCAUCGAAUCAGGCCGACACUGUAGCAUUCUGGCGCAGCCUGUGGUCAGAGCCCGUAAAUCACAGCGAGGGCCCUUGGACGGAAGUUGUGGCGAGUCAGUGUGCAGGUAUUACGCCCAUGGACCCCGUCAUCAUAACGCCGGAUGCCGUAGCUGAGGCGGUCCGUAGGGCCCCGAACUGA